CUUGAUAAAGUCAACAACUUUGGUUGAGACGGGACGUGCCAUGCCAUUGCCAGCGACCGACGGCAACAACCUCCAUUGAUUCAUUCACUAUACUCCUACCACGACGUGCUUAGCCAGCACAGCUGCAUACCAACCAACGGGGGAAGAUCUACCUACCCAAUCACUCCCUCGACCACCAUGGCCGCGCCCGCGCCCACCGUCGCCAAGUCGCCGCCGGCGCUCGUGCCCCCGGCGGGGCCGACCCCGGGAGGCACGCUCCCGCUCUCCUCCAUCGACAAGACUGCCGCCGUCCGCGUCAUGGUUGACUUCAUCCAGGUCUUCCAGUCCCCCUCCUCCGACUCCUCCUCCGUCGACGAACAGGUGGCCGCCAUGCGCCAGGGCUUCGCCAGGGCGCUCGUCCCCUACUACCCGGUGGCCGGCCGCAUCGCCGAGCCGACCCCGGGCGAGCCCGUGGUCGACUGCACCGGCGAGGGCGUCUGGUUCGUGGAGGCCGCCGCCAGCUGCUCCCUCGCCGACGUCAACGGCCUCGAGGACCGCCCGCUCGCCAUCCCCAAGGCCGACCUCAUCCCCCGCCCUCCCGCCGACCACAAGCUCGAGGACCAGAUCCUCCUCGCGCAGAUCACCAAGUUCACCUGCGGCGGCUACGCCGUCGGCAUUUGCUUCAGCCACCUGGUGUUCGACGGGCAGGGCGCGGCGCAGUUCCUCACGGCCGUCGGCGAGAUGGCGCGGGGCCUCCCGGAGCCGUCGGUCAAGCCGAUCUGGUCCCGCGACGCCAUCCCCAACCCGCCCAAGCCGCCGCUCGGCCCGCCGCCGUCCUUCACGGCCUUCAACUUCGUCAAGUCCACCGUGGAGAUCUCGCUCGACAGCAUCAAGCGCGUCAAGGACCAGGUCGCCGCCGAGACGGCCCAGCGAUGCUCCACCUUCGACGUGGUGACCGCCAUGAUCUUCAAGUGCCGCGCCGCGGCCAUCGGGUCCGCGCCCGACGCCGAGGUGCGCCUGGGCUUCGCGGCCGGCACGCGCCACCUGCUCGGCAGCUCCCUGCCAUCGCCGGAAGGCUACUACGGCAACUGCGUGUACCCCGGCGGGCUCGCCAGGGCCAGCAAGGACGUCGAGGAGGCGUCACUGGUGGAGAUUGUGACCGCGAUCCGGGAGGCCAAGGACGCGCUGUCGGCUCGGUUCCUGGACUGGCUGGGUGGCGGCGCCAAGGACAGCCACUACAAUGUGUCGCUGGACUACGGCACGCUGGUGGUGACCGACUGGAGCCACGUCGGGUUCAACGACGUCGACUACGGCUUUGGCGAGCCCACCUACGUCUUCACCUUGAACGACGACGUCAACAUUGUGCCGUCCGUGGUGUACCUCAAGCCGCCCAAGCCGAAGCAGGGCAUCCGGCUGGUGCUCCAGUGCGUCGAGGAGCCGCACGCCACCGUCUUCACCGAUGAGCUGCACAAGCUCGCCUAAGAGAGCUUGCGUUCGUCAUGGUUACCUCCAUACUUUACCUUACAGAAGAAUUACAGGUGGGAUUUGGACUUGUUGUUGUUGUUGUUGUUGUUGUUGUUGUUGUAUUCUUCAUCUUCUUGUGUGUUGUAGUAUUCAUUCCACACCAGGUUUUGCUUCCAACGAACAAAUAAAUCAAUGAGGGGUUCUUCUUUCUUUGUGUCUGUAUACUUACAUUGUACAUGUAUUUGACAUUGUGAAUCAACAGAAUAAUGUCAUGUGUUCCAAGUGAAUCAUUCAUUGUAGAUUGUCAA